AUGCGCAGGCAGUACGGCCGCCACUGGUGGUGGCUCUCCCUCCUGCUCGUCUACGUCUUUCAACACGUCCUCCUGGUGGGUCUCACCCUGCCUCUCUACGCAGUACACGCCUCCUCCACUCCCUUCUCCCCUCUCGACCUCCUCGCAGCCGCUCUCGCCCUCACAGGCAUCCUCACUGCAACAGUAGCCGACACUCAACUACACGCAUUCAUGACCAACAACGACUGCCUGAGAGCCGCAGGCAAGCCCCCGGUUCUGCUGCUUGACUCGGGCAUCUGGCGUUACUCCCGGCACCCGAAUUAUUUCGGCGAGCAGCUCUUCUGGUGGGCGCUGGCGCUGUUUGGGUGGAAUGCGGGGAGGGGGUGGACGGUGGUGGGGACGGUGGUGAAUUCGCUUUGCAUGGUUGCGGUGACGGUGCUGGUGGAGCAGAGGAUGAGGGGCAAGGCGGAGCGGCGGGCGUUGUUUGAAGCCGAUUUAUUGAUUUCGUUGCGCGUCGCUUUCCGUCCCGCCAUUGGGAGUCCAUACGCGGGAUUCAUCAGCGUCAUGGGCGGUCCGAGCCAGCCGUCCUCUAUCGCGCGCGUUCUGCUGGUCGUCUCCAGACGCGCCGCCGCGUCUCGCGCCUCGUCGCUUACAUGGGGUGCUGACGUGUCGCAAGCCCUCAAAGCGCGCGGCCACCCGCUGCCGUCGCUCGACCUAGCGGAAGCACUGGUGGAAGCGCUGAGCCUCUGCGCAGACAGCGCUGCGCGCAACGCUGCCCCGCGAGCUUCCGCGGGCCCGGCGGGGGGAACGCGGGGAGCGGACGGCGGCGGAACGGGCGGAGUCGGCGGAAGUGUUACGGAAAGAGAGCGGAUAAGCGCAAAUGGCGGGGAGGAAGGGCAAGCCGUGCAGCGGAGGAGAUGGGGAGCGGAGGAGAGCUUCCACUCCUACCUCUCCUCCGCCCUCGCUCCUCCUCCUCCGCACUCACUCACCAAGCGCCACAGCAGCAGCAGGGGCAGGGGUAGUGGCAGCAUCAGGGGCAGCUUAUCCGAUCUGGUGGCGCGCUUUGCACUCUGGCUCGCGAGCUCGCUGCUACGGGCUGUGCUAGAUGACCUGUCUGGCCGCAAGCUGCGCAGCAUAGCUGGGGGGGAGCAGGCAGGGAAGGCGGGAGCAGGAGAGGGUGAUGGUGGUGGCGGUGAGAGGGUGGAGGGAUUGGAAGGGUUGCGGUGUGAGGGAGCAGGUGUGGCUGGUCAGGGAUUGGCACUACACGGGACUGGUGCUGGUGGUGAUGGCAUUAAUGCUGCUGCUGCUGCUGCUGCUGCUGCUGCUGCUGCUGCUGCAACUGCAGCUGGCGGACAUGUUUCUACUGCGCCUGGCGCCACCACCAUCAAUCCGCCUGGUGCUGCUGCGGCUGCUACUGCUGCUGGCAUUGGUGUUGGUGCUGCUGGUGGUGGCAGAGUGAGGGAGGAGAAUGCAGUGGUGGAUGUGAGCAGGUGGGGGGAGGCGCAGUGGGGAGCCGUGAGAGAGAACGUGCUGCUGUCACUGCAUGUGCUGGCGGCCUUGCUCCAAGAGACUCAGUGGAGCGUCUGCCUGCUGCAAGUUGCGCCCUCUCACAUGUACGCCUCUCCCCUUGCACCCACUCUUCCUUCCUGCUCCCCUCCCCUCUUCUCCCCUCCCCUUCCCUCCCCUCCCCUCCCCUCCUCACUCUCCCACUGCAUCCCUGCUCGUGCUAUGUUCGUGUUGCGGCCUCUCAUGUUCAACCGCUUCCUCUCCCUCACCUCCCUCACCAACCGUCUAGCUUCCUCUAUCUCCUCUUCCCCUGCCAUUCCCCACCACUCCCUCCUCUCCCCGCCACCUGCCACUCCUGCCCAUUCCCUCCCUCUCAACCUCGCCCUUCCACCCUUCACACUGCACCUCUUCCCUGCGUCCGAAUCCAAAUCCGCCUCUGCUUCGCUGCUGCUGGCACGAGCAUGCAAAGUUCAAACGUUGGUGCGGCGGGGGAGAGGACUGGGAAAGGGAGCGUGGGAGGGGAGAGGUGGUGGAAUGGAGGGCAGCAAGGCAGCAGGGAGUGGCACUGCUGCUGGUGUGGGGCAGGGCCUCCUUGGAGGGGGUUUACGGGAGGGCGCUUCUGAGGCCUUCGUCACCAGCAAGCGAGUCCCUUCCGCGCCCACCACCAUAGCCGCCCGCAGCCCUGCAAGCAGCAGCGGUGGUGAGGGCAGUGGUGCGGGUGUGCUGGCGCCUCCUCUGCUGGUGGGGUGCUGCUGGAGUGAUGACGGCUCUAGGGCUCUGCCCGAGAGUAUCGCUGAGGCGCUGCUGACAGAGAAGCAGGUGCACGGGGCGUCAUGGCACGAGUGCCUGCUGCACCUCUUCCUCUCCCUCUUCCGCCUCGUCGCUCGCUCCCCCUCCUCUGCAAGCUCCAUCCCUGCCGGCCCUUCAUCCUCCUCCUCUCCAUCUGCUCCCUCCCUCACAUCCCAAGACCCUUCUUCUGCUGCUGCUGCGACGACCUCUGCCCUUUCUCCUGCUCCGCCCUCCCUGCCCACGCCCUACGACUUAUCAGACGAGGAUGGGCGCUUGUCCCUCUGCCUGUGCCUGGGUCCUAUGGCCGUCGCCAGCUUGCUGCAGCUGUGCGAGAAGAAGGUGCGCAUGGGGGAAGGAGGAGGAGGCGGAGGUGGCAUGGGUGCAGCCAGGCGGAAGAGAGGAAGGGGAAGGGAUGGUAGAGCUGUGGGGCAGUCUGGGGGAGUGGGUGGCCGGAAAAGAGGUGCGGGAGGGGGGGGGUUGAUGCACGGGAAGAGGAAACGGCCGGGACAGGGGAUGGAGGGGACGGUGGAAGGGGAAGGGAUGGAUGGGAGGGGAGGAAGGAAGGAUGAAAAGGGUGAUGAGGAGGAGGAGGAGGAGGAGGAGGAGGAGGAGGAGGAGGAGGAGGAGGAGGAGGAGGAGGAGGAGGAGGAGGAGGAGGAGGAGGAGGAGGAGGAGGAGGAGGAAGGGGAAGAGGAUGUGAUGACUUUGGAUUACGAGGGGAUGGAACUGGAGGGGAGGGAAGUAGGGGAUGAAGGGGAAGAGGAUGAGGACCAGGAGGAGGGAUUGCCUUUUGCCACCGCGGCUGCAUGCAGCGAUCCCCAUGCCAUCAGCACCGCCGCCACCCUUACAUCAUCAUCAUCAGCAGCGGCAGCAGCGGCGGCGGCGGCGGCAGCGGCAGCGGUGGAGAAGGCACAGGCAGCGGUGCAGGAGGGGCUGGUGGGGGCGCUGGGGUCAGUGCGUGUGUUCCGCCACCUGCACCUGCCGGUCUUCCUUGCUGGCUCGCCCCUUGCUGUCCCCCAUGCCACUGCCUCUGCUCUCGGCGCCUCUGCUGAAGAGCUCACCAUGUGGCAUUUCACAGUGGAGGCAUGCUACCGCCGGGGCCUCAUCCCCCCCGCCACUGCCUUCACCCUCCUGCCGCUCCUCUCCUCAGGCCUCCCCCUCCUCCGCCUCUGCUCCCAACCCUCCACCUCGCCAUCCGCCUCUGCUGCUGCUGCUGGCACUGGUGCCUCUAACCCCCUUGCCACCUCCUCGGCCUCUGCAGCCCAGUCCCCCAUGGGGGGAUCGGCUGCGUGGUCCCACUUCACUGCCAAUGGCCCCCUCUCGCUCCCGCUCUUUGCCUCGCUCUCCGCACACCCAGCCACUAGUCAGGAGGAGCUGCUGCUGGCGUUUCACCUUGCAGAUUCGGAGUCCCCCUGGGCGCCCGCUGCAGCGUCUGUGCUCUGCGGUGCCACUCUACGCCUCAGCUGGCACCUCCAGGAGCUAGCAGCAUCCCUAGUGACGCACCUCCUCUCCUCUCUCUCACGCUCAGCCAUCCUCCCCCGGGUGGCAGCGGCGCUACUGCCUCUCACAGAGGCCUUCGGCCGCCUGCCCAUCCAAUCUGCGGACCGCGACCCAACAGCACCAGCAGCUGGAGGAGGAGCAGCAGCAGCAGCAGCAGCAGCAGCAGCACCUGCACACACACCCACUGCCCUUCUGCCAGGCAGCCACAACAUAUUUUCCCGGGCAGCUGUGCUGCUCUUGCUGGUGCAGGAGUCCCUCGAACCACUUUCAAGAGUGCCACACUCCCGUUCCUCCUCCUUCUCUCCGCCUUCAACCCAUCCCUCCUCCCAUCCCUCGGCUCUCUCCUCAUUAUAUGCAUCCGCUUGCGGAUCCAGAGUGUAUGGGGGGGGUGCUUUGAAUCAACCGUUCUUGGGUGCAUGCCAUGUGUCUCUCGAGCUGCUGCUGUGUAUGGCUAACAGGGAGGCAGCUUCCGUUAAUGAUGCUGCUGCUCCUGCUCCUGCUGCUGCUGCUGCUGCUGCUGCUGCUCCUGCUCCUGCUGCUCCUGCUGCUGCUGCUGCUGCUGCUGCUGCUGCUGCUGCUGCUGCUGCUGCUGCUGCUGCUGCUGCUGCUGCUGCUGCUGCUGCUGGUCAUGGUGGUGGUGGCGAUGGUGGUGGCGUAGGUGCUCAUGACUUGUGGGAGGUGCUGCGACGGGUGGUGCCGGGGGCCAUGGGCAUAGCACACACAACCCAGGGGGGUGCCGCAGGAGAGGGAGCAGCAGCAGGAGCAGCAGCAGGAGGAGGCGGUGGUGGUGCUGCUGGUGGGGCUGCAGCUGCUGGUGGGGCCGGGAAGGGGGGUGCGAUGGGAGGGCUGACAGGGUGGGUGGUGGUGCGGGCUGCACCGGCUGCAGUGGAGGCAAUUCUGCAGGCUGUGGUUGCGGGGAAACUCGCCCCCAAAACUGCCACCAGUGCUCUAUCCAACCUAGUGGCUCUGGCGCCCCCAGCAGCAGCAGCCGUGGCGUGCUGUCUCUCCUCCUCCCUCACCUCGGCACACAUCACCAUCCCCCUCUCCGCCCACCCCGACUGGCCGCAAGCCGCCAUCCCUGCCUCCUCCCUCCGCACCGCUCUCAACCACUUGAGGCUCGGGCUGCUUGAUCUGGGUCUGUACACGCCGCCCAUCACAGACCCAACCGCAAGCCCCACGCUCCCCCUACCCAUGGCACUCUUCCUCUCCUUCGUCUCUGACCUCAAGCUCCGCUCCUCCUCCCGUUCCUCCACCCCUCCCUCCACCUCUGCUGCUGCCUCCUCCUUCUCCGCUCCAUUAUCCCCCACCCAGUUGUCCUCUACUCCCUCUUCCGCCCUCUCUUCCUCUUCCGCCUCCCGCUCCGCCUCCCCCCCCGGGAGCCCCUCUCCCCUCUACCACCUGCUGCUGCUGCUGCUCCUGCGCUCCUCCUUCCGCGCCUCUCCCUCCAUGGGAGCUUCAGUGCUCGCAGCAGCACUUGGCGCACCUGCUGCUGGCCCUUCUGCCACUGCCACUCCCACGCAAACAACCGCACCUAGUGCCACUCCGACAACCACAGCCAAUUCAACCGUCACAACCAUCACAAACACCACCACCACCACCGCUACCACCACCACCACCAUGAUCAACACCGGCAGCGGCAGCGCCGGCAGCAGCAACAGCAGCAGCAGCAGCAGCAGCGGGGUGGGGUAUUUGGCGGCUAGACUCCCUCUCAGGGCAGUGCUGGAGCCAGCAAUAGCGGAGCUUAUCUGUCACGACCCUCGCUUGCUCUCUGCUCUUGCCGGCCAGGCCAUGCACGCCCUCUCCUACCGCGGCGCUGCAGAACCCCCCUUGCCCCUCCUGCUCCUGCUCUCCCCUGCUGCUCUCGCAUCUGCCUCGUGGCCGUUCUCUCGUCAACAUGCCGCUGCUUGCUCCUCCCCUGCUGCUGCUGGUAGCAGUGCUGGUGGUACUGGUGGUGCUGGGGCAAUUAGGCUGAGAGGUGAGUCUGGCAGCAGCGGCAGCGGAGGAGGCAGUGGGGAGACCCGUGCAGCAGCAGCAACAGCAGCAGGCGCAGCAGCAGCAGUGGUGCACACACUGCCAGCGCAUCGCAACGGCAGUGUGGGUGACCUGGACGGGUCCUGCUCGCUGCUCGGCCUGCCUCCCAUCCCACAAGUCCGCGACGCAGCCCUACCCGGGGCUGCAGGUGGGAAGGCCGAUCAAGGACUGGACCCGACAGAUCCCUCCGCAGCAGCUGCAGGAGCAGCAGGAGGAGGAGUCGCAGGAGGAGGAGGAGGGGUAGCAGGUGGUGGUGCGUCUGGUAACCCCUCUGGUGCAGACACGGGUGGUGUGGCAGCAGGAGGCGGGCUGACUGCAGCAGGCGUGUGGCUGAGCCUCCCUGCUGUGCUGGUAGGGCGGGAGGGGCUGCUGUGUGAUGCUGUGCUUGCAGCUGUCGCCACUCAAGCUGCUGCUAUGGUGGUGGGGCGGGGGGAGGGAGGGUCUACUGCCUGGAUUGCAGGUGGGCUAAUGAGGGCGCAAGGGGACGGAGGGGUGGACGCGGGAGGUGCAGGGGGAGCAGCGGCAGGAGGGGCUGCAUCUGCUGCUGCCGCCGCUGCUGCUGCGGCGGCGGCGGCAAUGGCAAUGGGAGUGGGUGGUGGUGUGCUGGCAGGAGUAGCAUCCACCCCAUGCUUUGCCCUCGCUUCUCUCGCUUUCAAAUGCCUGCUCCUCGCCUCAGGCAACCCUUCUGCUGGCACUGCAAACCGCUCCAACACACUCCCUUCCACCACUGCCAACUCCCCUUCUUUGCACCCACAAACCAGUGCAAGCACGAAACUCCAGGAGCUCUUCUCGUCGCAUUGGGCAACACUAGCUGUCCCACGCUCCCAGCCAGGAUAUCCCGGGAAGCUACCAGUGCUGGGCUGCAUACAACACACACACUCGCAACAGCAGUGGCAUCUGUAUACAGUCUCGUUUGUCACUCUCGCGCUGCGCUGGGUUCCGGCGUGGGUGCAGCAGCUAGGGGAGGAGGCGUUGGGCAGCAUGGCAGCAUGCUUGGCAGUGGGUGGAGAGGUGGAGUUGGCUGGUAGGGUGACCCGCGUGGGGCGCAGGGCACGACCAGGACUGGCCUUAGAGGUGGCGCUCUGUGGGUAG